UACGUUCGCUUUGCUGCUUUCGAACCUACCGCCUCUCCCUGCGUACCAAGAUGGCGGCAGAAGCAGCCGGUGGGAAAUACAGAAGCACAGUCAGCAAAAGCAAAGACCCCUCGGGGCUGCUCAUCUCUGUGAUCAGGACUCUGUCUACCAGUGAUGACGUCGAAGACAGAGAAAAUGAGAAGGGUCGCCUUGAGGAAGCCUAUGAGAAAUGUGACCGUGACCUGGAUGAAUUGAUUGUGCAGCACUACACAGAGUUGACGACGGCCAUUCGCACGUACCAGAGCAUCACCGAGCGCAUCACCAACUCCCGAAAUAAAAUAAAGCAGGUAAAGGAGAACCUGCUUUCAUGCAAGAUGCUAUUGCAUUGCAAACGGGAUGAGCUUCGGAAACUGUGGAUUGAAGGAAUUGAACACAAGCAUGUCCUGAACUUGUUGGAUGAAAUUGAGAAUAUCAAGCAAGUACCUCAAAAGCUGGAACAGUGCAUGGCCAGCAAGCACUAUCUCAGUGCCACCGACAUGCUGGUGUCAGCAGUUGAGUCUUUGGAGGGUCCCCUGCUGCAGGUGGAAGGACUAAGUGACCUCAGGCUGGAGCUUCACAGCAAGAAGAUGAACCUGCACUUGGUUCUCAUAGACGAGCUGCACCGGCACCUGUACAUCAAGUCCACCAGCCGGGUUGUGCAGCGGAACAAGGAAAAAGGGAAAAUGAGCUCCCUUGUGAAGGAUGCUUCUCCUGUUCCUCUGAUUGAUGUAACAAACCUCCCUACUCCUAGAAAAUUCCUCGAUACCUCUCAAUAUUCUAUUGCUGGAAGUUCAAGUGUGAGGGAGAUAAACCUGCAGGACGUCAAGGAGGAUUUAGAAUUGGAUCCAGAGGAGAACAGCACCCUCUUUAUGGGUAUCCUUAUCAAGGGGCUGGCCAAACUGAAGAAGAUCCCAGAGACAGUAAAGGCGAUUAAAGAGCGCUUGGAGCAGGAGCUGAAGCAAAUUGUGAAGAGGUCUACAACCCAGGUGGCGGACAGUGCCUACCAGAGGGGAGAGAACCUUACUAUGGAGAACCAACCAAGAUUGCUUCUAGAACUGCUGGAGUUACUGUUUGACAAGUUUAAUGCUGUAGCCACUGCACACUCUGUGGUCCUGGGAUACCUGCAGGACACAGUCGUGACUCCCCUCACUCAGCAGGAAGACAUCAAAUUGUAUGAUAUGGCAGACGUGUGGAUGAAGAUCCAAGAUGUUCUGCAGAUGCUGUUGACCGAGUACUUGGAUAUGAAAAAUACCCGUACGUCCUCUGAACCAUCAGCUCAACUGAGCUAUGCCAGUACUGGACGAGAGUUUGCAGCCUUUUUUGCCAAGAAGAAACCUCAAAGGCCAAAAAAUUCUCUUUUCAAGUUCGAAUCAUCCUCCCACGCCAUCAGUAUGAGCGCCUACCUGCGAGAACAGAGAAGGGAGCUCUAUAGUCGGAGCGGAGAACUUCAAGGGGGUCCUGAUGACAACUUAAUUGAAGGUGGAGGAACAAAAUUUGUCUGCAAGCCUGGAGCCAGAAACAUUACCGUCAUAUUCCAUCCAUUACUAAGAUUUAUUCAGGAGAUCGAGCAUGCCCUAGGACUUGGCCCAGCCAAACAGUGCCCUCUUCGAGAGUUUCUCACCAUAUACAUCAAAAACAUCUUCCUCAGCCAGGUCUUGGCUGAGAUCAACAAGGAGAUUGAAGGAGUCACUAAAACGUCAGACCCCUUGAAGAUUCUGGCUAAUGCAGACACCAUGAAGGUGCUGGGGGUGCAGCGGCCUCUCCUACAGAGCACCAUCAUUGUGGAGAAGACAGUGCAAGACCUCAUGAACCUAAUGCACGACUUGAGUGCGUAUUCAGAUCAGUUCCUCAACAUGGUGUAUGUGAAGCUCCAGGAGUACAGGGAGACCUGCACUACGGCCUACAGGGGCAUUGUCCAGUCAGAAGAAAAAUUUGUCAUCAGUGCUUCUUGGGCAAAAGAUGAUGAUAUCAGCAGACUCUUGAAAUCUCUACCCAACUGGGUUAACAUGGCUCAACCCAAACAGCUGAGGCCGAAGAGAGAAGACGAAGAAGAUUUCAUAAGGGCAGCCUUUGGCAAGGAGUCCGAAGUUCUCAUUGGGAACCUGGGUGAUAAGUUAAUCCCUCCACAAGACAUCCUUUGUGACGUCAGUGACCUCAAAGCUUUGGCCAACAUGCACGAAAGCCUGGAAUGGUUGGCGGGUCGAACCAAGUCCGCUUUCGCCAAUCUUUCUACUUCCCAGAUGCUUUCUCCUGCUCAAGAUAGCCACACGUAUGUGGGUCUGCCCCCAGUGUCGGAUCUGAUCAUGCGGACUCUGAAUGAGCUUGCCAAGUCGUUCCAGGAUAUGGCUGACCGCUGCCUGCUGGUCUUACAUCUGGAAGUGAGGGUUCACUGUUUCCACUAUCUCAUCCCUCUUGCGAAGGAGGGAAACUAUGCCAUUGUUGCUAACGUGGAAAGCAUGGAUUACGACCCUCUGGUGGUCAAGCUAAACAAAGACAUCAGUGCCAUUGAAGAGGCCAUGAGCUCCAGCCUUCAGCAGCACAAGUUCCAGUAUAUCUUUGAAGGCCUGGGCCACCUGAUCUCCUGCAUCCUCAUUAAUGGUGCCCAGUACUUCCGGCGCAUCAGUGAGUCCGGCAUCAAGAAAAUGUGUAGGAACAUUUUUGUUCUUCAGCAGAAUUUGACCAACAUCACCAUGUCUCGGGAGGCAGACUUGGACUUUGCAAGGCAGUACUACGAGAUGCUGUACAACACGGCUGAUGAGCUCUUGAACCUGGUGGUGGACCAGGGAGUGAAGUACACAGAGCUGGAGUACAUCCACGCCCUGACCCUGCUGCACCGCAGCCAGCCUGGGACGGGAGACCAGACCACCCAGAACAUGCGGCUGCAGCGGCUCAAGGAGAUCAUCUGCGAGCAGGCUGCCAUCAAGCAAGCCACCAAGGACAAGAAGAUAACCACCGUUUAAUUGGGUGCGCUGUGGUUAGGGGUGGAGGUCCUUUUUCCUUGGUCAUACAUUAUGGUAUUUGUUGUAGUCAGAGCUUAGUUUUCUCUACACUGAUGCUCGAGUGGAGAGAAGGUGUAAGCCUUUUCUCUUUAGUUUUGGCUUUUCAUAUAAACUCGGAAGGAAGUCUGCCGUACAGAAUGUUUUGAUUGAACAAUUAUUAAUGCUUUAAUGCUAUGCUGUCAAGUCUAAAGGGACUGGGGUGGGACAGGGAGGGAUCGGGUGUCAAAUUGUUGGACUGUGAAAAAUGAAUGGAUGAAUUACUAACUAAUGUUUUAUUUGUUGCCCAACAUAUAUAAAAUUCCAGCCUUGGGUUGUGGACCGCUUCCUAAGUUUUAAGUCCCUUCCUAAAACCACUGGGUAGGGUUCUGUUACAUAAACAGUAGGAUUUGUGAUGUCUUGACCUUGCAAGUUUCAAAUCAAAGAAAAAAAGGGAAGGGCAAUGCCUUCCGGCCCCAAUGCCAAAAAACAAAAAAAAGGGUUCCCAACCGGCCAAUGGUUUCAAAAAAAUUCCCCAAACAAAACAAGAACCCCCCAAGGCCAAAGGGAAAAAAAAAAUCAUAUUAUCCCAAUCCCUGGGAGAGUUGUGUAUGCUGUAGGUUGCAUAUACAUUAUGGGUUGGUUUACUGCUUUUUUGUGUCUGCUGAAUCCAAACCAAGACCCAUAAAAUUAGUGACAAAAAUGGAAGAAUGAAAGGUGAGUCAACUCUCUGCUUGAUGUCUCCCUCUAAAUUUCCAAGCAAAAUAAUGGUUAGAGAACUUUUCAUCUCAUCUGAAACAUUGUUUGAGGGGAAUGAGUUCUAGGUGCUCACUUAUUCUCCUUAUGAGCCCCCUAGUUUUUUCUCACCUUAGAAAGUAAGCCAGGUUUGCUCAGCUGAGUGCAAGGAAGAUGAGGCAGCGUGACAUUCUUCCUCUGGGCGACCACCAGUGGGGCCUGUCUAUGACUUGCUCCCCCAGGGUGUUUCUGACAUACCAGACCUUACCAUUGUCCCCAGGUCCCCAAGUCCCCUUACUGCCCAUGGUUCAUGUGUCAUAGAAGGCAGCACCAAGACACAGUUCAAAAAUACACAAGAAGGUGAGCAGGAAGGACUUUGCACACAGUGAUGCCUCAAGUCCCAAUGGUAGGGAAUUUUAUACCCGUUUGUACAACUUUGAUCUCAGUGGGAAAAACAGAAAAUUAAAAAAAUGUUUUGAGAAGCUUAAAUUGUCACAUGUUACUUUCUGGUAUUCUUUCCCCAAGGGCCUAGUAUGUCCCAAAUGCUGCUCUGAAUGGGGUGGAUGUGUAGACGAAGAGGUCACCCUCAUUGUCUAAGAGUAUGGGAACAGAUGGACGCUCAGGACCGGGUCAGAAAUGGGGUCAGCUCAGGGGAUUUAGCAGGCAUCUGGAGGAUGGCCUUCCUGGGGCUUCUGGUGGGCAGGAAUAUUGUAAAUCUGACUGGGAAGAAAUCAAAUCUUUGUAGGCAACACCCUGGAGAAAAUAUACUUUCCCUAAACAAGAUCAUAGGCAAUAGUCUACCCCAAAAGUGGGGGUGGAAGGAGGGAGAUAAGGGGAGAUUAGACUUGGCCACUUUUGUUUGAAAGCCUCCUCUUCAUUGCCAGGACCCCCCAGCAUAGAUCCUGUGCCUUUUUUCCCUUCCUGUCCACUCCAGGUGGAGAACCAUGAGUGGGGACAGUGAUGCCAGAGAGAUGGGGGGACAGGGGGACUGGGGAGUGUGUAGGCUAGUUCUGUUGGAUGUGGAAAGGGACAUGGGUUUGGAUUGAGUAGAAUUGUCAAGAACACUGAGAACCAGCAGAAAAGUGCCAGAUGAGCUGCUUCAGGGGCAGCAUUUAGGAAAGUGGAAUCCCUGCUUUGCUUACAAUAAUGACGAGAUUGAAGAAUGUCAAUUCUGCACAGAAAAGGGCUCUAGGGUCCUAUAUCGAAGACACUCAAGGCACAAAUUUCUUUGGUACAUCCAUCUGUAUCCUCCAAGCAAGUUAAGAAUAGCCAACAACACAUUCAGUGAAUGGUCAAAUGGGUGCAGACGGCAGUGGCAUGGCCACCUCAAAACCUUCAUUUCCAUGUUAUGGUCCUACUUAGGGGAUAUUUUGUGAGAUCUUUUUUGUGCCCUGUUUAUAGCCAUGACUAGAAAGUGCCAGAGAGAGCCAGGGUCUGCCCAGGACAGGGCCCAGCCUGCACACAUACCAAUGCAUCACCACGAGAGAGUGUUCUAGCACGAAGACCACUCCCUAAAUGGGCUGCUGCAGCUGAAAAGGCCAAGAAGGCAGCCCUCACCAGAGGGGCACUGCAAACAAAGCAGACCAUUGUCUCAUUCUUACACAGACGGGCAAUGGGAUGGACACGGGUGGGUUACUGUGUACAGCUCCAGUCACAGCACCUUGGAGAAGGCUCGCAAGACCAGGAAGGAUCCCGAGAUGGAAAAAUGAACAUGACCGUGAAUGUGGAGGGCUCUGGGGUGAUAUCGUGCAACCCAGUCAUCAGACAGCUCCUUGGGCAGUGGCAGCUCCCAGAGAGCUCCUGCUUCUCUCGUCUGUCAUCUGCUCUGUGGUACUUAACACGAUUUCCCGUUUUGUCCUCACAACACCGCACGUCACAAAUAUUACUUUCCUUUCUUCCAUACUCAAGGUAUCGGAGAACCUGAAGCUUCAGAAAUUUCUACAAGCAUCUCUCCCAACUUAGCUACCCUUAGAAUAAAUUCCUUGAAAAGAGACACUCAUUCAACAGAUGGGAUCCAACUGUUGAUAUACACUGGCAGAGUAUGGCCUCGGAACUGCUAGUAGUAAUUUCUUCUAGUUAUGUUAUUUUUAGCUACCUUAUUAUUGCCUGUCAGGAUAUCUUUUGUAAACAAAACUACUCUUUGGGUUAUAUUGUGCCCUUUACCCCAUUAGCACUUGUUUCUACCUGUUCCAUCAAUACAGUUUCUUUCAUUGACUUUCAUCCUAGUACAAUGUUUUUAUUUCUACCUCACAAUGGAGUUUUUAAAUCUUGCUGCCCAACUAGAACUUUUGCCCCCUCACUGCUGAUCACAUCCCUAAUGAUUAGACAAGUAUUGGUUCCUCAUGCUUCCUUUGCCAGAAGAGGACAAGCCCUGCUCCCAGGCUCUGACAGUCCAAAUUGGCUCAAAUUUGGUGGCAGGACCAGGCCUGAGCUCCUGCAGCCCCAUACUCCGAGACAGGCAGUCACAUGGAACACAUGGUGAGACCUUCCAAGUGGAAUUCCCGCCCUCCGCAGGGUGAUCUCAUUGACAGAGGCCCCAUCCCUCUCUAGGGCUUAGUUCUUGCCCGCAUGUUUACCCAGCCUGGCAGCCAUUGUUUAUGUUUCAAUCAGUCUGGGAAGAAAACCUCCAACACAGACAAGUUGAAUUGGCAACCAAACCCUGAUGAUUCUUACUGCUGAGUCAUAGGUACGAAUUUCUUAGCACUAAUGCAUUCAUUCAGUCGAUCAAAAAGAUUGACUUGCCUAGUACUGCUCAGGUGACACGGAGCUUAUACUUCCACUGGCUUCUUGCCACUUCCUCUCUGAUCUUGCUGUCCCCAGAGUCUAUAUUUCCUCCUCAAUUCUCCAAAACUGCCCUUUCAUUUAAGAAGGCAUCUCUCAUUGGAUAGAGAACAAAUCUUCAGCAUGAACUUCUGCAUUUUUUAAGUUUCAAUACAUUUAGAAGGUAUAAGUUUUUUGUUACAUGGAUGACCCUUUACCGUUUCUUGGUGGAACUAAUGGCUUUCACCUCACAGGCUCUGUAAAUGGACCAAAGCCCCUGCAUUCAGGAUUCCUGCUCUGAUGCACAGCUAUGGCUACCCCCUGCCAGAUGACAGCACAGAGAUUUUACAGUAAAGAACAAAGGAGACCAGAGGCCAUCCCAGAGCUCAGCAGCCUAAGCUAGAUUCACUCCAUUCGGGGUAAAUGUGACCAGAAGACCAGCAAAGUGACUGUCCUUCUAAGCAGGAUGUGAAAACAAGAAGUGCCCUGUUCAACAAAACUUUCCUUGAAAAGCAAAGUGGAUGCUGCAAUAUACACCUGAGAGCAAUUGUGUUAAUGUGGCAGGAAUGUAAAACAAAUUGGGCAUAAUUUGGAGGGAGGGUAACAAGGUAUCAAGAACAAGAAAACAGAACGAAUCACUAGGCUCGGCAAGGUCUCCGCUCUGUCCUAAUUAGGCACAGUUGUUAUAAGAAGCACAUAAUUAAUAAGCGUGUGACCAGAUGUGAAAUACAGUGGAGUAUUUUUCCUGAAAUGGAAGUUGUAAUGAAGCGUGCGCAGCUGGAAGUAGUUGUCCUAAUUCGGCUGAGACAGAAGGCCUGCCUGGAAUUUUGAAGAGGUGUAGCAAGAUGCACACUACAGAUUUACACCUGGAAACAACUAAUCCUAUUCCGACUGGGCUAGGGGGUAAUGAGAUAGAGCUAAUUAUCAAGAGUGUAAUGAGAUGCAAAAGCCAUUGGAACUGAGCUGGAAAUUUCUUUAAAAGUGAACUAAGAUGCAAACACCAGGAAAGAAUUUCUGCUAAUGGAGCUAGGUGUGAGCGUGAUGAAAAGUACAUGAUUUGAGGGGUUAUUUUAACACGCAGGGGGCCAAAGACAUGUCUGUAAUUAAAAAUAUUGCCAGGACAUUCACACACUUGGAGCGGGAGUCCCUGGGAACCCAAGAAUGCAAUGACCUGUAAAAGCCACAUGCACACUUUAAAAGUGUAUACUGCUUAUGUGUGUGUACACACACCUGGAAAAAAUAUUACAGUUAGGUACUUUCAGGUGAGUGGAGUUCCCAUGCUACUCGAUCUCAUUUAGAAAGGUGACCUCAGAUUCUUGCUAACCUUGCAAAAAGUACUCUAGCAGGAACCUGACUCCAAACAGAAAAACUGGCAAUCUCCUCUUCCCAAACUUAUUGAAUUACCUACGGGACCAAGUUGCCUUUCCCAAGAAUUUAUUUACUGUUAGAGACCAGGAAAUCAUUAGUAGCUGUUUCUUGUGAUUGUUUUUAUUUUACCAUUGCUAUUAUUGUAGACACCACUUACUGAACACUUAAUGUGGGUCAGAUGUUGUGCUAAGCGCUCUGCCAUGUUAUGUCAUUUAAUCCUCACAAUAAUUCUAAGAGAUAGAUACCAUUACCCCCCUUUACAGAGGAAACUAAGGCUCAGAUCAAGAACUUUGUCCCCGAUCCAGUAAGUGACCCAGCUCUGCCCAACACCAAGUUCAUGCUCAAAACCCCUCUUUUCUCUAUUUUAAGUCAAAGCUCCUUGUUUAGUGAGGCAAAGACAGGGGCCCUCAUAUAAUAUACUUAAGCACCAAGUAGUAGUCUCUGGCAGUUUGACUCUUCCAUCUGCUCUGUCCUCUGUGGUCCUAGUAGGAGCCCUUUCUGGGCUAAAUUUGGGGCUGCCACUUCCCACACUCCUCAGCCCGCCCAUGGCCUGAGCCCACCCACGUGGCCAGUGCAUCUACAGGUAUUGUGAAAACACAAGCCUUUGACCCAGGGCUGAGCCCAGCCAACUGGGGGCUGAAGAUGACCCUACCUGGGCCAAAGGAUGGCAGGCUGGGGGCUACAUGCUCAGGUUCUAGAAUCUGUGUAUCUUGCCUUAAAAUGUCACUAGCCUUUGUUGGGAUGGAAAAGUAGCUAUUCCUUCUAUCCAUCUUAGGUUCAUUGACUGGGGACCCUGUGACAAAAGACAUAUUAAAAGGAAAGCAUACAAGUUUAUUUAAUGUAAGUUUCAUAUGAAGAAAUGAAAACCCAAAGAUAGAAGUAAAUCUGACUGUUUUUGUAGUAGGUUUGAUGAAGAAUGGAGAGUCAGGGAGAAAUGACAGGGACAAAGAGUAUGCGUUAACUGGGGGAAGGCCUGUUUGUUCGUAUCUAGACAGAGAGAGGGCACCCCUCCCAAGAAACCCAUGACCUGUUUCAGGGGAGGGUUAGAAAAGGCUUCCUAGGUUUUAUGACCUUUAUUGGAAGGUGGGGUUGUCAGAGGGACCUUCUUGAACAUGCUGUUUCUCCAAUGUUUUCAGGUUAAAAUAGUCAAUAGGCCAAGGUGCCAGAUUUAGGUAUAGCAUGUCCUGAACCCCGUCACCUUUUAUAAGUGAUCUGAUGUUGUAUUAGGUUGGUGUGAAAGUAAUUGCAGUUUUAGCAUUGUUGAAAUCUGCCCUUUGAUAUUGGAAUAC